GCCGGUCGCGGUUCUUGUGGUUUUGGCAGCCGCGGCCAGUGUCGGCGCGCCCCCGCCACAGGAAGUGAAGUCGGUGUGCUCUCUGGAGAAUUCACCUUGGCUACACCUCGUCUAAUUUUACUUUGACUGACAACAUCUCUGCGCACGAGUGAUUUUUUUUCCAAAAUGGACAAAGACACAGUGCUGGCUCACAUCUUGAAGCCGAAGGGCAUGUCGACACUCCUUGGUGGAGAGCUGCCAGCCAGUGUGAUUAAGAACUCUAAGUACAUUUCCCCACUGACUGAUGAAGUUCAAGUCAAGGGGAGAAAUGAAGAAGACAGCUUGCCCUCCCUGGAUCAUGCAAUCCUCGCCACUCUGUCUAAAGAGAAGAAAAAUGUCAUACUGAACGGCCCUGAAGGCUCGGGUAAAACCACCGCUUUGGAGAAGCUUGUUGUGGACUGGGCCAAAGGAGAAGUCCUUCAAAACUUUUCCUAUGUCUUCCAUUUCCGGUUUGGGGAGUUGAAUUGUCUUUAUGAGACGCUCUCCCUGGAGACGUUAAUGCUCUGCCAUCCCGGUCAUAUCUCUCCUGAGUCCCUGCCCCUCGUUCUGACGAAGCCUGAGGAUGUGCUGUUUGUUUUUGAUGAGAUGGAUCAGUGCAAAGAGAGCCUGGACCCGUCCAUACACACCCUGUGUUCUGACCCGACCCAGGCGACCUCGCUGUCAUGUUUGGUGGCCAGCUUGCUCGAUGGAUCGCUGCUGAAAGGCGCUACCUGUUUGGUGGCAACCCGACCUACAGGAUGUCUGAAUUUUGUGAGCGGCACCCGGGUUCAAGUGUUGGGGUUUCGGAAGCCUCAAAGAGAGGCGUACUUUAACGGGUUCUUCACUGACCCAGCUGUUGCCAAGAAAGCGCUGAUGCACAUGGAGAGAACCGUUGGCUUUUAUGAUAUCUCUACCUCCCCGAGGUUUUGUUGGACAGUUUGUUCUAUUUACAAGUCUCUGAUGGAUGCUGGAGCAAAUCUUCCUGAGACGUUAUCUCAGCUCUAUGUAGAUAUCCUGAUCCACCUGAUUCAGAUGCUCUCGCUGAACGAGAAUAGCAGAACAGAGUUGGUGUUGGCCCUCGGCAAGGUGGCGUCUCACUGCUCCCUUGACCAGCAUUUGAGCUGCACCAAAGAGGAAAUGGAUUCCUUUGGUUUCCAACAGUUUCCGACCUCAGUCGGUGCCUUCUUCCAGGUUUACGGGGACCAAUCAGAUAGACGCGUCUUCUCCUUACGCUCCCAGAUGAUGCGGCAGUUCCUCUCGGCCGUGUCUUACUUUUUGGACAAGUCGACGUCUGAGGGUGUGGAGAAGAUGUUCAGAGAGCACAAAGGCAGAGCAAAGUUUCUGUACGUGUUUUUGUCAGCGCUCUCGGAGCCAAGUCAGCGCAGGCCGCUGGAGACCCUGCUGGGGGAGUUGAACCCAGACCGGAUCACAGAUUUCAGAUGCUGGUUCAAAAGCAGCCCCGAGAUGACACUGAAGAGAUACUACAAAGACCAGCUGCACCACUGCCUCCAUAUGCUCCAUCAAGCCCAAAGCGUGAGUUUGGUGAAGGACAUCAUCGCCCACCCAGCGCGAAUGAACCUGAGCUAUGGAGACCUGAGCCUCCAGGACUGUGUAGCUCUGAACUAUGUCGUCAAGUGCCUCAGAGAGAUCGAGCAGUUGGAUCUGCGCGGUAACAGGAUGCUGACAGAGGAGCAGGCAGAAGUGCUGGGUCCAGCUAUGAGCUCGUCACAUGAGAUUAACUUGACGAACACCUCCUUGCUUGCUGGGUCUGGCCUUCAUCUGGCUUCGGCGCUCAGUGGAGGAAUCACCAAACAUCUAAGUCUUUCUCACACCGACCUCAGAGACGACAAUUUUAAAAUCCUCAGCGCUGGACUCGGGGACUGCAAGCUGCAGAAUUUAUAUCUUCGAGGAUGCAGUCUGACAGAUGCAAGUUGUGAAGAUCUGGUGUCUGUCCUGAACUCGGGCACCUCUCAGCUGUGUGUGUUAGAGAUGAGUUUUAAUGAGAUUGGGGACCAGGGUUUAAUAAAACUCUGCAAAGCACUACACAGUCCUCACUGCAAACUACAGGAGCUUGAGAUACAAGGCUGCAAGUUGACGGCUGCAUCAAUGGAGGCUUUAUCAGCAGCUUUGUGUUCUGGCCAUUCAGAGUUGAGAAAAGUGAACCUGACACAGAACACUGUUGGUUCCAGUGGUGUGGAGGCUUUGUGCAGAGCCCUGCAGCACCCGCUCUCUAAACUGCAGGUCCUCAAUGUCUUUGACAACGAGGUGACAGGUGAGUGCUGUCCUCAUUUGAUGGCGGCCUUGAUGUCAGAGGGCUGCUCUCUGUCAGAGCUGGAUCUGUCAGUGAAUGAGUUGGGCCAGGAGGGGGCGCUGCUGCUCUGCAAAGCCCUGAGUAGACCCGGAUGCCCACUUAAAAAACUCUGCUUGACACGAUGCGAAUUAACCCAGUCUGUCUUCAAGGAACUUGGCUCAGUGCUGAGCAGUGGGACUUCUCAACUCAAGACUCUCACUGUAGGUUUAAAUGAUGUAGGAGAUCAAGGGCUUAAACAUCUCUGGGAUGCUGUUGCACAUCCACACUGUCGGCUGGAGGAACUAGAUGUUGAAAUGACUGGUUUGACAGACGCCAGCGUUCAGGACUUGUGUGGUGCCAUAAGAGCCAGUAAGACUUUAAAGAGCCUGGAACUCAGGAACAACCUACUGACUGAUGCCUCAGUCCCAGCCCUUGUCCAGGUCAUGCAGGACAGCGAAAACAUGCUGGAGAUGAUUCUGAGGUACAAUGAAUUCAGUGAAGAUGUUUUUGAAAAACUGGACGAGUGUGAUAAAAUACAAUACUGAAGAUGGAUCACUCCGCUGAGGAUCACUGACUGCAACCUGAUGGAUGGUUGAUAUUUUUACAUGUAUAUCUAUGAGGGAAUUUGCAAAAUCUUGAACUUUUGGUCAGUGUGUCUGCUCUUAAAUUCUGAUUGAAAUUUUAUCAGGAAAUUGUACCUAUUAAGUAUUUGUUUUGCUUAUUAUCAUCAUCUUGUAUUACAUUUUAGCAAUAUAUUGCUUACACUCAUCUGUUGUGUGUGACAGCUGCACUUGUAUGUUUGUAUUGUGCCCAUUGCUCUAACAGUGUUUAUGCCAUUCUCUUUGUCAGUCUUGAAAUAGAUAGAAAGCAUACUUAUUAUACCCUCAAAGUCACCCUCCAUCACAUGGUAAACAUCCUGCCCAAUUAUAACUCAAUUUGAUACAACAAUGUUUUAUUAAGAAAUCUUUGGCAGUAUAGGAGAUAUACAGUAUAUUCAGUAAGGCAGUUGCAGUGAUUUGUUUUACAGCUGUGUAAUAUAUUACCAGUUCACAAAUAAAGU